GCAAGCAAAAAAAUUAAAUCAUCGGGACGCUAAUCUGAGCCAAUCCUAAAGAUCUUCCGAAACCGCGACGCAGGAGUAGCAAAUCAAAGCGAAAAAGGAAGAGAUAAUGGGAAGGGGGCCAAGGGCAACAGCAGGAGGAGGCGGUGGCGAAGUAGACCUUCAUGCAGCGGCAAGGUCCGGUGACUUGAAUGCGGUUCAGUCAAUUCUCAACUCAAACCCUCUGGCAGUUAACUCCAGAGAUAAGCAUUCCAGGACUUCAUUGCAUUUAGCAGCUUGGUCAGGGCAUGCACAUGUGGUGAAUUACCUAUGCAAAAACAAGGCUGAUGUUGGCGCUGCUGCUAUGGAUGACAUGGGUGCAAUUCAUUUUGCUGCCCAAAAGGGUCAUUUGGAAGUUGUCCGGACUCUGCUUUCCUCUGGGGUCUCUAUCAAAACUUCGACCAGAAAGGGCAUAACUCCACUUCAUUAUGCUGCUCAAGGUUCUAAUCUUGAGCUAGUCAAGUACUUGGUAAAGAAAGGUGCAAGUCUUGCCGUUAAGACAAAAGCAGGAAAGACCCCUCUUGAUCUUGCAAGCAAGGAAGAAAUCCGCUUGUUUCUGGAAGAAAGUGAGCAGUCAUCUAAAAAGGGAAAUGUGAAUGCAAAAGAGGAAGCUGAAGAAUCCAAUCCUAAACCAUCAUUGCCAGAUAAGCUGGAGACUGCCAGUGGAGAAGCUUCUGUUGUGGAAGAUAAGGAAGAACAGGACAAUGGAAAUUCGAAUAAGAGGAAGGGUGAAGAAAGUAAUGAUACUAAGGAAGCCUCAUCCGAACAAAAAAGGCAAAGAACCAAACUUAAUCAUCUUUUAAGUGCAGAUGAUACUCAAGAAGAUGAAAACUUGUAAGGAAAGAUUUUAGCAGAAGACUAACCUUUUAAACAAGCACCCCAACAGAUGCUGCUGUAUUAAAUGUUAUACAACUUGAGGUAAUUCUUGUGCCUUUAUUGUUUUGCUGUAGCUAAGUCGAAUAAAUUAACCAGUGAAAGUAGUCCAGUGUUGUUUUUAUUCCUGAGAAGAGAUUGAGAAACAGGUCGAUCUUUGAAGCUUAAUAUGAUGGAAGUAUCUUGGUUAUUUUCA